AUGGCAACUUCUUUACUGACUUCUAUUGAACUAAAUGACAGUCCUGCUAUUUCCAGUGGCACAAAAAGAGCCAAGAUUAAGAGACUUUUCAGCACUUUGGGUGGUGGGGUGUCAACAGCCUUGUCAGAAAACCAGCCAUUGGGAGACGAAACUCCGCCCACACCAGACCAGUUUUCCGGUUUGUCACCAACGAAACAAGCUAUUAAAAAGAUGAGAUUUUUCUUUGCCAGGCAUUGGCUAGGUACAGCAGAUCCAAUGGAUAAUAACGAAUUUGUUAGUAACAGCGCAAACGUAUCCGUGGAGGAUUUCUCUUGUUACAAUAAGUAUAAGACUGAUGGCAUGGAGUUGGAACGAUUGUUCAAUGAGGCCGUCGUUGACAAAAGACCUCCUUCUACUCGUGAUGAAAUUGUGAGAAAAAUGGGACCCUUUGAAUCCAUGGAUUUUUGGCAAUCCAAGAAUUGGAUGCAAGGUAUUAGGGAUUUCAAUGUCACAUUUAGUCCAGUGGAAUCUGAACCAAGCGCGGAUCUCUCUAUGUCAUCUGACGCCUUUAAGAAACCUUCGAAUAAUAGAGACGAUGAUCAUAAGGGCACUGCAUUAAGCUCUUCUAAAGCACCAUAUCUAGAUAAAUUAGCAUCGGGGUCAGCAAAUGGAAAUUCGUACGUUUACGAUUUUGGGAAUUCUUCUGCUUUGCCUGACCUUAUAUAUGGCUUAGAAACUGCUCCAACACAGUCUGGAGCUGGCUCUUCUGCUAAACAAGUCAAAUCUCUGCAAUUGAUAGAAGAGAAUGAUGGCUUAGCUCUGUUAACAUCAGGUAGAAGUUUGAAGAAUGGUGCAAAGAUAUUCAAUUCUAACAGUCCGGAAUCUAACCAGCUUGAAUCUGCUGAUUGCGCAGUGUCCCAAAAGGUAAUGAUUCCAACGUUCAGAGAGGAAAUUGGCAUGGAGGUGCAUUCUAUUGCUAACAACUUGCAAGGUGGAACUAUCACUGAAGCCGAUUUAAUAAAACUAGCAUGUUGUAAGAAGAGAACUUUUAUGGAUGCAAACUUUUAUAACGAUGAAGACGACAACGAAGAACGUUCCAUUUCAUCUUUAGAAGAGUAUCAUAUGGCUGAAAAUUUCUCGAUAAGGUCCAAAGGGUUUGUACAAACUGGUAGCAUAGAACACGAUCAAGAACGUGAACGUAAUUUGGCUAAUAUGGAGGUUGAAAAGGGAGAUAAGGGAGAUACGGUUAAAUUCAACAAAUUCUCUUAUUUGGUGAUUUACGAUGCCUCGAAGAAGUGUCAUUACUCAGAAUCUACAGAUAAAUUGACACUUAAAAUUCCACAUGAUGGUGGUAGUCAGACAAGGGCCAAAAUUGCCGUAUCUGCACUCGUCAAUACAGAAACAUCCUUGAAUAUUGAGGCGGAAUCUACUCCAUACAGCGAUUCAAUGAGACUGAAAUCUAUCUUGAAGCGUAGAACCAAUGAACAAGAAAGCAUUGAGGCACAGCGUGCCAGGAAAUGUGAUGAAAUUGAUGCUAGUGAUUUCUUGGAAUUUGUCGAGAAUCACGAGAAUAAGCGUCGUUCGGGUGAAGAUAUUUUGGUACUUGCCCGUGAGAGACAGUUGAAGAACUAUUACGAUGAUCAAAUGCUUCAAACAAUUACCGUCAGAAAGGAGAAACAGUCUUUCUCAGGAUUUGAAGAUGAGUAUAACAAAGUUUCUGGACUGACGUCAUGUUAA